AUGUCCUCCCGCGGCGUCCCGGAAGUCCUCUUCAAAAAGGUCGACGAGUACGUCGACUCUCUCGCUCCUCAGAUUCAACCCCGCAUCACCACCGAGCUGGAAACCUUCCAGCAAAAGACAAUCGACAGCCUCGAAGACAAAGUCGUUGACGCCUUUCGCUCCUUAUUCGACAAGGACAAGAAACCCUCCGAUAGCCGAAGCCUAGACGAUAAUGCGCCCGAUGCCUACGGAGGCCAGUCGUUGCCGUUUGCCGACGAAAUCGCGAAGCUGACGCGUAGCUUUACCAAGAUCACGGACGAGGCGGGCGAUGAUUUAAGGGAUAUUUUUGACAUUACUGAGGGACGCGGUGGUGGAGGCGAUGAGACGAGGUCGCGUGGCGGCGGUGAUUCUUCUCGAGGUGGUGCAAAGGGCUUCCUUUCGUUUGCAAUGGACGCUGUGCAGGACCAUCUCGAGAAGAACAACGGCAGAGGUUCUGGAGGUCAAGGUUUCGAACUCGACGGUCUCCUAGGCGUCCUCAGCGGCACCGUCAAAGAUGCAGCGCGCAACCCCGAAGAGAAAGCCCGUCUUAUCAGCCCCGAGAUCAAGGAACAGGUCGGCGCCAAGCUCCGCGAACAGCACGCUCCCAUCGCCGAACAAUUCACACGCAUCGCUCUCGAUCAUAUAAAGCGCUGGCUUCGAGGAAAUACAAGUACAAGAGACCUGGGAGAUGGUGUCAAGGGCGAGAUCGAAGAUCAAGUCAAGGAUCUUGUCAAAGGCCUGGGAGGAUUGUUUGGCAACAAAAAGUCCAACGAGGGAUCUGCGCGGGGCUUGGGCGACAAUGAUCGCGAUCGCGCUGAUGGAGAUGGCGAGAGCGGUGGUUUCUCAAAGGUCAUCAGCGACAAGCUCAGCACAGGAAUUGCGCGAGUCCAUCGUGAAGUCCGUCUCGAAUUCCGCAAGAUCCUUGGUGGAAUUGAGAAGCAGCUCUUUGAGCUUCUACCCGAUUCAUUCCAGCGUCCUCUUGAGAAGAUCCUCGGCGGUAACCCAUUCGAUUCGCAGCUGGACCGCGACGCAGGACCUGGAGGCUCAGCGGACCGUGGUUUUGGGGAUGACAUCAAGGCGAAGCUCGUCAACAAAAUCCGCGGUCUCGUUCGAAAGGUACAAGAGACGCUGCGCGAGAGUAUCCUUGGUGUAGUCAACGGUGGACAUCGCAAGUUUGAGCGCGAGAGUUGGGUGUUUGUUCAGAACAUGGUGGAGCAAAAGGUGCAGAAGUACUUGCCCAAGGUCAAGAUCUCUGUGCCUGACGAUAUCGGCAAUGAGGGUGUCAGUGUUGGAGCGCCUUCUGCUGGGAACCUUGGUGGUGCCAAUCAGCCUGUGCCGGCUUCGCAGGGUGGCCAGUAUGGACAGCAGCCAUAUAAUCCUCCUUCGCAGUUCCAGCAGGAUCAUCAUCAAGGUCAGGAUUACAGGCCUCAGCAGGGACAAGACUACAGGCCCCAGAGUCAAGAAUACCGCCCGCAACAGGGUCAAGAUUACAGACCUCAGAGUCAAGAGCAUCGACCCCAAGGACACGACGAGUACCGACCACAGCACGGCCAGUCUCAGCAAGACUACAGACCCCCACACCAGGCGGGAUACCGGCCUGAUGAGUACAGGCCUCAACAGCAUCAAUCGCAGCAAGACUACCGUCCCGAUCAGUAUCCCCCUCCGCCACAGCAGCAUCAAUCUGGUGGCUACAACCAAGGCUACCAGCAAGACCAAGGAUACGACCAAGGUCAAGGCCAGGGAUACGGAAACAAUCCCCGCUACUGA